AAAUACAUGUCAUAAAAACUCAUAACCUUUGUGUCCAUAUGUUAGGAUGGAGUAUUAAUUAUAUAUUUCAUAAACAAUUAGCUUCUCUAUCUUUCCAUUGAAAUUUGCACAUACAAUUUAUCCACAGCUUAAAUCCUAAAAUAAAAACACGACAAUGGCUAGUUGGGAAGAAGUAAAAAGAUUGGCAGCAGAUUUUCAGAAGGUUCAACUAAGUUCUACUACUCAAAGGUUAUCCGAAAGGAAUUGCAUUGAAAUUGUGUCAUGGUUAAUAGACCGAAAGUUGAUCGAUCUGAUAUUUACAAGUGAUGGAAAGGAGUACAUGACCUCAUCGCAGUUAGUUCAGGAUAUUUUAGGAGAAUUAUAUAUACGUGGCGGAAGAGUGAAUUAUGUAGAAUUAUCAAAAACGAUUGGCGUUGAUCUAAGCCACAUUACCAACCAUGUACCGGAGGUGACCCGUGGACGUAAAGAUAUAUAUUCGAUUCUUGGUCAGUUAAUUGAUACAUCUUACAUAAUAAAAAUAGCGGGUGAAAUAAAUCAAAAACUCAUUCAACAAGGUCAAAUAAAUAUUGGAGAUUUAACAAUACAAUACGAUUUACCUGCAGACUUCUUACAGCGUAACGUUGUCGAGAAAUAUUUAGGCAAGCUUAUCCAUGGCGAACAAGAUAAAUGUGACCCAAAGAUAUUUUUUACUGAAUCUUUUAUUUCGAGAAGUAGAGCUAAGAUUAGAGGAGCUCUGAUGGCAUUAACUAAACCCACUGUUGUUUCUGUAAUUUUAAACCAAAUCGAAGUAACAGAUAAGUUAUUUUUUUCUCUUUUCGAUCAAUUGUCGACGUAUGGCUUCUUAACGGGACGUACAACUUCUGCACAGUAUGUACCUAAUGUAUACUCACGAUCACAAAAUGAAUGGGUUCAAAAUUUCUUUAAACAAAAUGGAUAUCUCGAAUUUGACGCUUUAAUUCGUUUAGGAAUAACAGAUUACAAAGGAUAUUUAAAGAAACAUUUUGCAAAUGAAAAUGUUGUGACUCUUAAAUCGUCUAUUAUAUCCUUUCAACUUAUCGAAAGAAUCGAGGCAGAUCUUGAAGAAUGUAUAAGUAGCAAAUCAUUUGUGGAUUUACAAAGUAGUCUUCCAAACUUACUUGAUGACGAAGACAUCAAAAUUAUCAUAGAUAAAGUGGUUACUGGACAGAGACAACGUAAUAUUGUCAUAUUAGAUAAUUUCUUAAUCAGUAAGGCCUUUAUCGAUAUCAUGGCAAAAGAUUGCGAGGGAUUUCUGCAAGAUAAAGUGAGAGAUGUGGUCAAAUCUGGCAGUUAUCAACAAUAUCUAACAGACUUGCAGGUGAGAACCACCAAAUCGAGCAAAUGCGAUGAUGAAGAAGUAAAGGUGGAUAAACGAGAGGAGAGACGUAAGAAAGCGGCCAGUGGCAAAAGCGGUGGUGGAGCACAGGGUCGUGAAACGAAAACCAAGUCAACUAAGAAACCUACACGGAUUAAAAACAUUCAGGAUGAUUCGGAUGAUUACUUUGAAAAAACUGAAAAAAAGGUAGUUUUGGAAGUUAUUUCCGCGAGUGAUGUUCAGAAGUUAAUCGAAAGUAAAGUUGAGGAAGAAGGUUUAGGUGAGAUACUAGAAAGUAUUGUUAAUUAUCUCUUGCAAGUAUUAAAUGAAAGUGGGCUAGAAGCUGCUGCUAAACUGUACGAAACGACCAUAGCAGAUCAAACAGCUUCUCGACGUCACACCCAUAACGAUGUACAAAAUAAAGUUAACGCAUUACUUGGAGAUGUACGAUUAUUUGAAAAAGGAUUAAAAUGUUUUCCUAUAGAGGUACAAACUCAUUUAUAUAAGUAUUUAUUGAAAACAAUUUGUUUGGAUAUUGUUAACGAGAUUCUGAACUAUGUGGCUUCUGAGAAGGGUUUGAAUGUUGAAGCGGAGAAACUGACAAACGAGCAAAGGACUAAAUUCAUAAAUGAUUUAACACCUGAUUACAAAAAUGUUUUGCAAAAUUUACUGAAGACGCUUUCGAAUCAAAGUGUAGAAGAGUUUACUGCAGCUGUUGAAAUCUGUUUAACAGAGUGUAGUAUGAUCUUAAAGAAAAUUGACAAGAAGAAGGAUAAAUUGGUCAUUUCAAAUCAUAAACACGCAUUACUCGAACAAUUAGAUAAGUGUGAUGAUUCUGCAUUGACUUUACAUUUGGCGAGUUUAAUUAUUUUUGUGACGGUGACACAAAACAUGCUUCAUGCAAGCGGAAGACAUGUUUCAUCUAUUCUCACUUAUUUAAAGCAAUAUCUCGGCGCUGACCAAUUUUCAGAACUCUCUUCGUAUCAUGAUUUGGUAACCAUCAUGCUAAAUGGAGGCUCCGAGGCUGAAAGUGCAAAAGAUCAACUCAAAGAAAGGAUGCCUAGUAUCAAAAAAAUUGCAAAUGAAUUCAAGAAGUCAGUAUCUGACAAAAGCUAAUACUACCUGUAUUCUGUACAUAAAAUUGGAAUGUAAUAAAGUACUGUAAUUAUUGGUUUUAACA